UCAUGUCCUUGGCUUCUUAGUGAAGUCUCAACAUCCCGCUGUUUACUUGGACAUAGAGUGUAGUUAGAAACAGGGCUAAAGGUUAUAUGCAUAUAAUAGCCUCUUUAACAGUUUAUGGUUUUACAAUGACCAGGUCAAAGGGUUGUAUAGGUUCUUAAAAAUUGCCAUUACAGUACCUAACCUGUACAUACUGUACAUCUUUGCAUAUUCAAAACAAAAUGAUUCCCUCAUAAAUGAAUGUAAUUCUAAAGAGAUCCCUAUAAUGCAGAGGAACCCUUCAGAACAAAAGAGUACAUUUAUUUUGUUUUUAUUUUACAAUUAUUGCCUAAUGUGUGUAUAAUGUUUUGAUUAUGUUUAUAUGUUAGGUUUAUUACAGCAUUAUUUUGCCAUUUCUUUGCUUUAUUAUGUUUUACUAUUUUAUAAAUGAUCUAUAGGUUCUGAUGUAUACAUUUUAAUGAAAUGUAAAGGAGUAGACAACCAAUGUAUCAAAUAGAGGUAAAUGUUGAUGGUGAAUGAGAAUGUAUGUAUACUACUGCAAUUAUGUCAACUGCAGUCCUUCAGUCAGUUGAAUAUUUGAAGCUCUGACAGCAAAUGAUUAAAAACAAACAUUUUUCGCAAAUGUUAACACUUUUAUUCCAUCUGUUGUUUCAUAUUUAUUAUCAUGAAAUCAUGAGGGAUUGGCUCCUGCCCCCUGCAACCCCUUUAAGGAUAAGUGGUAAAGAUAAUGGAUGGUGGAUGGUUAUUCUAUGGUAAAUGUAUUAUUGAUUUAAAAAAGAAAUGUAAAAUAUCUGGAUCUAAAGAGUCUGCAUGUAUCUCAUUGAAGGACACAAAACAAAUUUAUGUUCAAUGCUAAUACAGCUUCCUGCAAGUGGUUACUUUGAAUGGUGAUAAAGUUUAAAAUCGAUUUAAAUGUAUAAUGUAAAUUGGGUGUAAAUGUAUUCUAUUUCUUAAUGUGUAUUGUUUAUAUUCCAGUAAUAUUGAAUAAUGUAUAAUGAUAUAUAAUAUAAUAUAAUGAAUAAUAUAAUGUAAAUUGGGUGUAAAUGUAUUCUAUUUCUUAAUGUGUAUUGUUUAUAUUCCAGUAAUAUUGAAAUGUGCCUUAAUUCAAAAAUGUUUAUUAUGACUGCCUUCAUGAGACAUCCACCUGACUGCAAAAUCCUGUAUAUCUUGACGGGUUGUUCCACAGCCUGCUCCUAUAACUCUGAAACUAUUUAGAAGUCUUAUUCUGCAUCUGCAACGCCUCACCUGUCCAACUGAUGCGCAGGUGUAAAUCAUUUCAGUGAUCUCAGUUUCACCAUUCCUAUGUGGACAUCUUGCAUGAUUAUCCUUCAAGUGGAAGAUAAAUAGAAGAGUAAAAUAAAUUAAUUUAAAAAAAAAUGUUUGUUAACUAUUUGCUUACUUGUGUUUUUAAUCAAUGUAUUCAGUUUUGGCUGAACCUUUAUGCUACAUUUUGUCAGGGCUUCAUAGAUUAUAAUCCAUUACAAAAGUUGGACAAUACACAGAUGCUAACCUUUAAUACAAUUAGAAGUCCUGAUAGGUCAUAAUAUUGUAAAAGUAAGCCUAAAUGGGGUUUUUGAGUGACAUAUUUAUUCUUUCAGCAGUUAUCUAAUAUUAACGGGGUAAAUGUGAUAGGGUGUUUUCUCCUGACGGGAAGAGCAGGCGAGAUUUAUGUCGGCGUUAUUAAAAACAUCUCCCAGCUGACGCUCUUCCCCUUUAAAGCAGCGCAGUGAUGAGUCUGGGUAACAGAGGCUGUGCGCUCAACGGGAGAUCCGCUGCUUAUUCCUGUGUCACAAUUCUAGUCCACUUUCAUCUGAUGAAAUAAUCAAGACAUUGCUUUUUACAGUCAUCGGAUUUCUGUCUGGACAAGCCGAGGAGGAGCUCUUUAAUUCCGGGCUCUAACGGACAUUUUCUUCUGGCCCAUAUGGAGCUGAAAUGUUGAAAUUGCUCCAUUUCAAGGACGCGCUCUUGGUCUUUUCUCUCUCUCCGGCGAAUGAUUUGUGUUGAAAAAAUUGGAUUGCGAACCAUUCUGCGAAGAUCCCGUGUUGUGUCAGCCCCCCCUCCCCAACGUUGCCGCAAUAAAAGAGAAGAUGAAGGGAAUGUGAUGGCAAACGCUGCGUUAAAACAGUCAGACGCGCGUCCUGGUUAUGUGCGACGCAUGGCGUAGGUUUGCUGUAAAGGAUGUGAUCCGACAGGAAUCCCUGGUUUCUCGCUCCGCUGCCUCCUGAACAGAGUCGCUCAUGAUGCCCAGGGCUUUGCGGAGACUGCUUCAUUUGGUGCUGUUCUGCCCUCUGUCCAAAGGUCUGCAGGUAUGCACGGGGCAGCAUGAUGUCCACCUCCCUUUGUUGCAAUAACAGGGUCCACACGGUAAAUUAUGCAUGUCUAAUUUACUACCAGGACGAUAUCUGCGUCGAUGGCAUCUAAGGUCCAGUCCAGUCCAGAUGCAUCACAAAAUAAGUCUUAAAAAAAGGAGAUAAUUAUGCUACAUAUUGGCUAUCUUGGUCUUGUCAAGUGACCAGCUGCCCAUUUAUUUACUGUUGUGUAGGCCUCAGUGGGAAGUAUUUAUUUAUUUAUUCAGGCACUGCAUGUAGUCAAGUACAAUAGUUCUUAAUCCUUUAGAGAUAUAAUGCAUUUGGUGAGAUUUGUCAUGCAUCAGAUAUCAGUGAGCAGCUAAACAAGACAUACUGUAUCUCUUCUUACAUGUUUUAAGAAAACUGUUCAUGCCCAAAGAGGUAAAAUUAUCCAAUAUUCCACAAAAAGGCAAAGAUCAGUUUUUGUCCUCUUUCUAACCCACACCCUUCCCACAACCCCACAUAACUGUACUGUAGUGUACUUUGUGACCCUUAGCAGAGAGGUUUGGUCCACAUGUUGGGAACUACCUGACUACAUAACUGUAUAUAAGUGGUUACACUAACUAGCUCCACCAUGACCAGCUGCAACAGUAAAAUAUUGCUUAUACAUUGAUGUAUCUGUAUUAACUGUGUAAUAAUGUAAUAAAAUAUCAGACACAGAUGCCAUUUUUGCUGCAGGAUUAUAAGUACAUUAUACAGCACACACUUAUGUUAUUAUGUGAUACCUAUAUAGUAUUUUUGCAAUAAUGUAUUGGUUCUUUUAUUUAAAGGACAUGAACACAUUCAGAUCUCUGCUGUCGGUUUUUAUGAUUAGUUGUCACGUCUUCUUGGCUUACUGUGUCUUCUUCUUCCCAUCCACCCCUUUUUCGCCCACCCUCCUAAAGAGUCGUCUCCCAGCCAUUAAGGUGAAGUAUCUUCUUCUGGCAUGGCUGGGCAUCCUCAUCGCCAGCUGGGUCAUCUACAUGCAGUAUGCCUCUUACUCUGAACUCUGCCGCGGGCAUGUCUGCCAUAUGGUCAUUUGCGAUCACUAUAGAAGGGGCAUAAUAUCAGGCUCAUCUUGCAAGGCAUUGUGUGAUCAGAGGACUCUAACCCUGCAGCGCUGCAUGUCCACCUCCUCCACACAUCAGGUGUACAGUGGACUGUGGAAGGAGAGACCUGUUGUGAUCAAGUGUGGUGUCGAGGAUCCAGUGAAGAUCGAUGGGGCUCCAGACUCUGUACUGCGACAGGAGAUGAGCUUAUUUGACAAACCCACUCGUGGAACCUCUAUGGAUGAAUUUAAAGAGAUGCUACACAGUUUCCUCAAGGCUAACCUUGGAGAGCAGCCAUCUUUGAACUCCUUGGUGGACCGGGUCAUUGCCCUGGCUGAUGUCAACCAGGAUGGCAAAGUGUCUCUAGCAGAGGCCAAAUCUAUCUGGGCUCUUCUCCAGAUCAAUGAGUUCCUCCUGAUGGUGGCGCUGCAGGAAAAGGAGCACACGCCCAAGCUGCUAGGCUUCUGUGGAGACUUGUAUGUGACAGAACAUGUGGGCCAUAGCUCCCUCUACAGAAUAGAGGUGCCUCAUUACCUGCAGGCUCUGGUCCCAGAUGCCUUAAGCUCCAGCCUGAACCACUGGCUCGCACCAGCCUGGCCACGCAGGGCUCGCAUCACAAUCGGCCUGCUGGAGUUUGUGGAAGAGGUUUUCCACGGGUCCUAUGGGAGUUUCCUAAUAUGUGAUGCCAGUCCUCGCCACGUGGGCUACAAUGCAAAGUAUGACUGCAAGAUGGCCAACCUGCGCAGUGUGGCAUCUGAGGCAGUUGUACGGGGAUAUUUGAGGGGGCGGCGAUGUGAGACUAAUGCAGACUGCACUUACGGCCGGGACUGCACGGCCACCUGUGAUCGACUAGUGAAGCAGUGUAAUACUGAGGUUGUACAACCCAAUCUCGCAAAGGUGUGUGUGCUGUUGCAGGAUUUUCUGCUUUUUGGCGCACCUUCAGACCUCCGUGGGGAUCUGGAAAAGCAACUACGCACCUGUGUGACACUCAGCGGCCUUGCAAGCCAGAUGGAGGUGCAUCAUUCACUGGUCCUUAACAACCUGAAGACAUUGCUGUGGAAGAAAAUUUCUAACACUCAGUACUCUUGAAAACAGGUUGAGAUGAUCCAACCUGUACCUCUACAUCAUGAGUGAAUUAUUACAUGAACAAGAGUACAGUAGUUUUUGCUUAUGAAGCUUUGCCAAAUGUUUUAGAGGUCGGUGGUUAUUGAUGUAUUUUGACUCCACAUUGACUGUGAAUAACAGGAAACUGUGAAAUAGUGAAUAUAUAAUAAGAAACAGUAGAUGAUGCAGACUCCUGUAAAACCCCAUCAUGUUUUUGUUUUCCGAUGCAUUAUUUUGAGAAGCACAUUAAUUUGUUUAGACAUAAUACUCUCAGGGCAAUGCCUAUGACGUUAUUUGUAAUAUGUAAGUAAAUAAAAUACGGUAGUUUCAUAGACAAUUCUUCUGUUUGUCCCUAGUAAAGACAGAAAGUCAAAUUGUGACACAGUGUAGUUUUUGUACAACUGUAUAUUAGUGGAACAUUGUUCCUGUGUAUAUCUCCAUCUGAAGCAGAGAUAAGAUAUAAUUAAUGGAAUGAGUGAUGCAUACUGUAUAUACAGUAGCACUGAAAUGUACCUUCUGGUGUUGAUCUGAUAUUGACAAUGUAUUAAAAUCGACCUGAAAGGACUGGAGUUGUUAAGGACAAUCAGACAUGAUUAAACUUGAAUGA